AUGCCUCCUCCACCUCCGCCCCCUCCGAUGCCAGUAAUGGGUGGUCCUCCGCCUCCGCCCCCUCCGCCUGGAGGACCUCCAGGAGCCGGCAGCUUGCCGGCAAGACCGCCUGGGGGAGGAGCUAACAGAGGUGCCCUUCUUUCCGAUAUCAGCAAAGGCAAAGCGCUUAAAAAGACCGUUACGAACGAUAGAUCCGCGCCCGUUGUUGGAAAGGUUUCAGGCGGCUCCGGAGGGCCACCUGUUGGAGGUGCACCGCCAGUACCCGGGCUAGGUGGUCUGCCCAAACCUCCAGGUGGACUUGCGCCUCCAGUGCCAGGAAACAGAGCUAGGAGUAACAGUGACCAGAGUGGCCGGGAUAGCAUACCAACCCCGAGUACCGGGGAUGCUGCACCGCAACUGGCUGGACUGUUCGCUGGAGGCAUGCCAAAGCUACGCAAGACUCGCGGAGCUGUUGACACUGGGGCAGCUGCCGACUCGUCAUACCUAUCGGACCCCGAGAGCAAUAGCAAUCUACGGUCGUCUUCUGCACCAAAGCCGCCGUCCUUCUCUGCACCCAAGCCGCCUUCGGGUGCUGCACCUGCCAUUCCAGGCAGACCUCCUCUCCCACCUCCAGGUGCUCCGGCACUGCCGCCCUCUGUCGCUAAUCUACGCAAGACCACGAGUGAUGUACCAAGACCAAGCUCGUCCGCGUCAAUGAAAGGGCCUCCGCCUCCAAUUGGCAAAAAGCCGCCACCACUACCUGCAUCUCGAAAGCCCUCUGCAGCACCGUCCGGCAACCCGCCUCCGCUACCCGGCGCGCCGGCCCCUGGAGCUCCUCCUCCGCCACCUCCGGCACCUCCCUCGGCACCUCCCUCGGCGCCACCCUCAGCACCCCCUUCAGCGCCACCCCCUCCACCUGGUGCUGCUGCACCCAGACCACCUGCGCCUUCACCUCCUUCUCGUUCUCCAGCACCACCAGCGCCGCCUCCGCCCCCUCCAUCUGCAUCAAACGGACCCCCACCGCUAGCAAUGCAAGCUGCGCUGCGAGCAGCUGGACAAGCAUCACCCAGUGCCGCACCCCCGCCCCCCCCUUCGUCGGCUCCCUCGCCUCCCGCUGCCGCCUCUUCGCCGCCGGCCGCUCCCCCCUCACGCGCUCGGUCUGGGUCUGGACUUCGGUCAUCUAUGCUUGACCCUAGCGCUUUUACUCUCGCCCCUAACGGUGCAAAGAGCCCUCCCCCAUCGCGGGCGAACACAACCGCAAGCCUACAUUCUGGAGGUGGAGGUAACGGACGCUACAUUGUCCAGGACCCGCGUUGGAGAUUUCAGGAUGAAAGCAUGCUUCCAAAGCCGAGGGAGUUCGUUGGUGGCCCCAAACGUUACAGGGCAGGAAGAGGCAGCAGCGUUCCGCUUGAUUUGAGCGCUCUGUGA